AUGAAGCAGUCUUUGCUCUAUCUCGUCGCAGCCCUUGGCUCUCUAUCCUGGUGCGAAGAACGCGCGCCAUUCACACAACCACUCGAUCUCGAGGCAUCUAGAUACCAGGCAUCGCGCAUCCUGCGGAUAUUAAAACGAGACGACAACUGUCCGGCCGACUACAGCGGAUGCUCCGACCAGGGAGAUUCCAACGUCUGCUGUCGCUCGGGGACGACCUGCACGGUAGACGCUGCAAAUAACAUCGCUUGCUGCCCGACUGGAGCAGCCUGCACGGGGACAUUGGGUGCGACUGCGACGGGCGAUAGUAAUGGAGGAGGUGGAGGAGGAGCGCAAGAGACAUCGACAACGAGCGGGUUUAUGUUUCCACACAGCACUACAGCUGGGGCCACCACGACUUCAGCAUCGCUUGCCAGCAUCACCGGGUCUACAAUUGCCGGAGCAGCAUAUCCGUUUAUAUAUAUCCCGACGAGCUUCGCCAAUGCGGCAACUUGUGUUUCGUACUACUCGUUUUGCCAGGAAGAAUACACCAGCUGCGUCGCCUCGCUCGGCGGACAACACGGGGUGACAGUCGCUGGCGGUGGAGGAGGAGGCGUGACGGUGGCAGGCAAUCCAGCGCUGACCACAGCCCCGGCAGCAGUUUCGAUAUGCUCUAGUCUCAGCACAAGAGCAUGUUAUGGCCUGGAAGAAGGGUAUUGCAGCAGCUUUGGAAGCGCAACGGCCAGCGGAGGGGAUUUUGUCACUGGGAGCAACGCACCGCAACGCAGAUCGAGCUUGUCUGAGAUUAUGCUUGCUGCAGCCGCGGGGGCUCUGGGGAUGUUUUUAUGA